CUGCAAGCUCGAUUAUUCAGUCAAUAGUUAGCUCAUGUUAUAACAGUAUAGAUUUACGCUGUCCUGCCAAAUUUCCGUUCGGUUCAGUAUGUAUUGUAAUAAUUAAUAGUUUGAAGUAAGCUAAAAAGCUAGUGAAAAAAACACCGGGCCUUGAAAAUGAUUCGGCCAGCUUCAUUGAUUCGCGACGAGGACGAUCGAUUUCCGCAGUUCCAGGCCAACGCAAGUCACAUUCGGGAGGAUUCGAUCGAUUGUGGCAUCAAGGCCUGCAAUUGCUGCAAUGGGCCAGGAUGUCAACGGCUAGGAACGACCACAUCGUUCUUGGUGAUUCUGUCGCUGUUGGGAUUUGUUCAGGGAGGGGUCGAAGCGUAUUUCCGGAUCGCUGCCCACCAAGCUGCCAGUGAACAUGACCUGGAUCCGUUCAUCGUGGAUUGGCUGCUGGUGACCAACGGAAUAGCGCAGGGCGUGUUGGCACUGCUCGUGGCCUAUUGGGGCAAUCGAUUGCACCGUAUCUCGUGGCUCGGAGGCACUUUCAUGCUACAAUCUGUUGGACUGCUGCUGCUAAUCAUACCAACGCUGAGUCACAAUUCAGAUGACUCCCAAACAAUCGCUGCUUCGCAGGUGGAAAACGUAUGCGUCUUGGAACAGUCGGCCGAAAUGAAAAUGGAACAUCCGUACGCCAUCACAACCCUGGUAUUGAUGUUCAUCGCCCAGGCAGUGAUCGGUAUUGCCAACAUUGCCUUCUAUUGCUUGGGAAUGAGCUAUAUGGAUGACAAUUUGCGGGAACAUCAGAGUCCCGGGUACAUUGGAUGUGCCCUGGGUGCUCGGAUUUGGGGCCAACAGUUUGGUCUCGCCAUAGUGCUAGCCGUUGGGGCCACCUCCUUGAGUUGGUGGCUCGGUUGGGUCAUAAUUGGUCCCAUAGUUUUCAUACUGGGCUUCCUGAUUGCCCUCUUCCCGAAGAGACUGCUUUCUACCUUGGUCCGGCAAGCGGCAGAUGACAUCAUUGAAACGGCCACCAACAACAGCACCCAAUCUUUGCCCGGCCACAAGUGGUUGGCCGAUAUAGCUUUUGCACCAUCAUUGAAACGCGUUUUCACCAACGGUAUUCUGAUCUUCAACGUGCUGGCGCUGGUGUUUGUUCACACCGGUAUCACCAACUUCAAUGCUCACGAGCAAAACUACCUUCAGUCGCGCUUCUUCCUGCCCACGUCCAAUGUGAACGGGUUGAACGAUGAGUGGACGUCCAGAUUGAUCACUAACCUACUGAGGCCACCGGUGGUGGCGCUGGCAAUUGUCGUAGCUGGGUUGAUUAUUGCUAAGGCGAAUCCUAGUCCAAGGAAAAUUGCUGGCUGGAACAUCAUUGUGGGCGUAAUCGCUGUCGGUUUGUUUGUCGCGUUCAUAUUUCUGUCGUGCGACAACGAGCGAAUUGCUGGAGCCUAUCGGGGAAGGCUGACUAAGCCGUUCUGCGCUUCCAACUGUAUCUGCUCGGAGAAUGUCCCGUUUUCGCCGGUAUGCCCCCAGGACAGUGUCUUUACCUAUUUCUCCCCGUGCCAUGCGGGAUGCCAGAAUCGCACCGAAAUCAACGAUGUCACGGUCUAUACGGAUUGCUCGUGUGGAAUCGAUACGGAACUGGUGCUAGCAGAUGGCGGAAUCGCUACUGUGGGAGCUUGCGGAAUGGGCGAUUGCCAAAAGUAUUGGAUCAUCUUCCAGGUGCUCAGUGUCGUUGUGUCGGCCUUGCUGGCAUCUGCCUUGAUCGGGAAGUUGAUCAUCUCGAUUCGCACGGUGCUUCCCCAGGACAAAGCAUUGGCGCUUUCGGUGGAGAUGACUUUGGUUGGCCUUGUCGCCUAUCUACCGGGAACAGCUGCCUACCAGGCUAUUGCUCUGCACGCGUGUCAGUUUUGGUCAACCGAUCAGCGAAGAUGUUUCAUCCAUGAAAAUCCAUUCUUCGGCACCACACUAAACAUACUAACUGCAGUAUUAAUUGCAAUUGGUGUACUGUUUGAGGCGCUCGUAUACUAUUUCGUACGUGACCUACCACUUUACGGUAAUGAUCCUGACGAUGCUAUAAGCCCGAUUGAGAUGCGGCUUAUGACGCAACAAGUGAGAAACAGUUCCCGACAAACAACUUCUCCUGAAACUGAAGCACAGCCAUACAGCGUUCUACAAGAUCAGCCAGAUGGAGAUCCAACCGCCCAAUCUAAUAGCAUAAUGCAAGCCUCUACUAUACCGGCUCAAGAUUCGCCCGUUAUCAGAUCUAUCCAAGGCACUCAAGAAGACUACCCCAGAAACCAUCGAUCCAUUUCUCCCAUAGCUGGACCGUCAUCUUCGACCACCUACGCUCAAGUGAUAAGACAACUGCCAACCCGAACAGAAUCCAGUGAUAUCGAUGAUCAACUAGACUUCCGAUCAGCUAGCAGCCUUCAACCAGCCGGAACAGAUGACGACGAUACAGAUUCCGAGGACACUCGAUUGCACAAAUCGAACGGACCACUUUCGAUGCUCAGGGACUACUCGGGCAUGAAUCCGGCUACAUACGGAGCAGCCAGCGGCACGCGACAACUAGAUUCAUUGCAGUCUAGCGUAGCAAGCAGUUCCGGAGGUUUCGGCAAUCAACCACGGACGACGACAGCCAACAGAAAUGGACGGCCGAUGAGUCCGGAAACGGACUUUUAGACCAAUUAGUAUUCUUAGAAACAUCGAAAUAGUUUUACUAUGAUUAAGUGAUGACAAACAAUAAAAUAAUGUUAAAAGACAAAGUGAAA